AUGACUUCAUCCAGCACAGGUCCAGAAGUCCAGAUCACCGUGUUGCACUACAACAUGAACUUGAAGGGAGCCACCACCAACCACAGACGGUUGAGGUCAAGUCAGCAGCGUAGUGGAUUUGUUGUCUUCCUUCUCUCUGUACAAGUGAUACAGGGUCAGGAUGGCUGGGGAGUGACUUACACCUCUACUCAGAUCUGUGCUGUUAAAGGAUCAACAGUGAUCAUACCCUGCAGCUACAGAUACCCAUACAGAUGGAAAAGCAGUGUUACUAGAGUUCAGAGAAAAUUUUGGUUUACUAAAAUUAAUAAUACUGAACCUGUAGAUCUGACAACAGACUCAGAAUAUUCAGGUCGUGUGCAGUACAGUUAUAAAAACAAGGACUGCACUCUGAGAAUCUCAGACCUGAGAGAGAGAGACUCAGCUGUGUAUGAGUUCAUUUUCACAACAAACCAAGAAGGUGGAAGAUAUACCGGUUCACCUGGAGUCACUUUGUCUGUCACAGCAGAUCCAGGUCUCCAGUUGAGCAGACAGUAUUCUAACAGGCUGGAGUGUCAGAGCAGUUGUCGUCUACCUAAUAAUCCUUCCUAUGUCUGGUACAAGAAUGGACAGGAAAUUCAGACACAAACAUCUUAUUAUUUAUACCCUGUGUAUUAUUCAGACAGCUAUUCCUGUGCUCUUCAAGGAUAUGAAGAUUUCCCAUCUCCUUCAGUGUGUGUCCAAGGUGAAUCCUGCUACAGAGUGACGUACACUGACAGAAGCAUCUGUGCCUCCAAAGGCUCUUCAGUGAACAUUUCUUGCUUGUACAACAGCUACAAUUAUCCUGACAAAUCAACAUUGUGGUUCAGUCGUGAGCGUAAUCAUGGAGGGCAGAAUCCUCCCCAGCCUGAAGACCUUAGUACAGACUCCCAGUAUACAGGUCGUGUUCAUGUUGAAACAGAGAGAGGAUUCUCCACUCUGAGAAUCUCUGACCUGAGAGAGAGAGACUCAGCUGAGUAUCACUUCAAGUUCAUAACACCAAGAUUUGAAUGGAGGAGUAGUUUACCUGGAACAACUCUGACUGUCACAGCUCUGCAGGUGCAGGUGAUCAGAGUAGCAGUCUAUCAGUCUCAGAUCUAUGCAGAGCUGAAGUGUCACAGCAGCUGCAGUCCAGCUGGUCGUCUCCCCUAUGUCUGGUUCAAGAACGGAAAACACAUUACUUCGGUGGAGACAUCUACUUAUAAAGGCUGGUUUUCUCUCAGAGACAUAAUCUAUUGUGCUUUAAAAGGACAUGAGAAGUUCCCCUCUCCUUCAGUGUAUGCUCCAAAUCUUCCCUCUGUGUCAGUGAGUACCUCUGCUGAGAUAGUGGAGGGCAGUUCAGUGACUCUGACCUGUAGCAGUGAUGCUAACCCAGCAGCUAAAUACACCUGGUACAAGGAGAAUGGAAAUCUAAACCUUCAACGUCAACCACAGCUCGUCUUCAGCUCCAUCCAGUCCUCUGACUCUGGACAGUAUUCCUGUACAGCUGAGAACAAGCUGGGGAGGAGGACAUCUCAAUACACGCAUAUUGAUGUGAAAUAUGGUCCAAAGCUUCCCUCUGUGUCAGUGAGUCCCUCUGCUGAGAUAGUGGAGGGCAGUUCAGUGACUCUGACCUGUAGCAGUGAUGCUAACCCAGCAGCUAAAUACACCUGGUACAAGGAGAACCAAACACUGAUUCAAGGACAACAACCAAUCUACCAUUUCAGUUCCAUCAGAUCUGAGGAAAGAGGGAACUAUUACUGCAAGUCUGAGAAUCAACACGGACAGAUCAACUCUACAUCUCAAUUUAUAGAUGUCCAGUAUGGUCCAAAGCUUCCCUCUGUGUCAGUGAGUCCCUCUGCUGAGAUAGUGGAGGGCAGUUCAGUGACUCUGACCUGUAGCAGUGAUGCUAACCCAGCAGCUAACUACACCUGGUACAAGGAGAAUGAAGACUCACCAAAAGCAUCAGGACAGAUCUUCACCAUCACUGACUUCAGAGCUGAACACAGUGGGAAUUAUUACUGUGAAGCCCAGAACAGAAGAGGAAGUCAGAACUCCACCUUACAUCUGAUUGUUGUAGCAGGUUCAAUGAAAUCAGUAGCUGCUGGAUCCAUCACUGCUAUUUUCCUGGCUAUCAUAUUCCUCUGUGCUUUCCUAUUUAUUAGAAGAAAGAGGUCCUGGAAACGAACCAGCGAGCCUGGAGCGAGACCAGACAAACAAGCUCAGGGUUCAGUGUAUGACAGCCCUUCAGCUCCAGUCCAGAGAACUCCAGCAGAGCCACACGAAGACCUUUGCUAUGCCAGCGUGAGCUUCUCUAAAAACCAGGAAGAUGCUCUCUACUCCAACAUCAGGCUAGCUCAGCCCCACAGACACAAGGAGGAAGAGGAGGACGAAGACGUGGAGUACACUACUGUCAACUUUACGAGUUCCAGUGCUACCGCAGAAUCAGGAAAUCAAGAGGCUGUGGAUAAUUUAUAUGAACUGUAAAGCACAGUCAGCAAACACCCAAGAGUUUGAACACAACACAAAUCUUUGGUCUUUUAGCAGUGUUCACGCAAAUCAACACACAUUUAUGAAUAUUAAGAUUGAGAAUUUAGCAUUGUUAUAACAUGCAGCAUUGGGUCAUUUCUUUUUUUAAAGAUUAUUUUUUGGGCAUUUUUUAGCCUUUAUUUGACAGGACAGAUGAAGACAUG